CGCUGCCGCUGAAGGCAGAGGGUGGGGGUGGGGCCUGGGCAGUGGAAGGCAGGUGGUCCCUGGGCGCUGCCUGGGGUCUGCAGGAAGCGCCCACCGCCAUUGCCUCCGCAAUGCUCGCAGGAAGAUAAGUCGCACUCCCCGCGAUCUUAAACGGGGGCAGAGUCCGAGGGAAGGCUCCCUUGGGGGAAUGUAUGGGCCCACUGCAGGGCUGGUGGCAUUGGGAUCCCGGGCAUUAAUCAGUCCAGCCGCAGAGCCGGAAUAACUGUUCUAUCGUACCAUACCCCCCUUUCUCUCUGCCAUCAUGAUCUUCCGCGGGCGCAGCGUUAGCAGUCGCCUGAAGGUGAAAAUGGGGUUGAUGGGGAAGUUGGUCGUGACUCCGCUGUUUUUUCUCUUGGCUCCUUUGGGCAACAGCUGUCCGCCCCCGGUAUACACUGUAAUUGAUUGCAGGGAAACCCUGUACCUCGCCCCUUCCUUCUCUACCGAUUUUGCACUCUUCUCCUUGCUCACCACCAAGUGUAAUCAAUAACAAGCACUGGCAAUACACAGCAGUAGUGGAAUCGGAAAUAACUUGGGAAUUGAUUAGGUGCCGCAGCCAUGGAUCUGACCGGGUGAAGCCCAAUUGGAGAUUUCGGUUUCGUCCACCUGCCCUGUUCCGGUGGUUUUUGUUGUUGUUGUUGUUGGGGGGGGGGGGGGUUGGGUUUUUCUUUCCCCCCGUUUCUUUAUAAUUUUUUUUUUGUUUUGGUUUGGUUUUUGGAAAGCAGGGACCAUUACACUUCUGCCCUCCCCGUCUCCCCGUUCCUUUUUGUAAUCCCUUCUCUAAAGAGGGGGAAGAAAUCCGGAUGGAUUGGAAGGAUUGGACUGGUGUCAGCUGUGUUUUCUUGCACUCCUAACCCUGAUAAUAGGCUUUUCAUUGCCCCCAAAGCCUUUCUUUUGGCAUUUAAGCCAAAUGCGCUUUCCAAAAAGUUAGUUCCAAGUAUUUUCUCCUCUCUCUUUCCUUCCUCCCCUUCCUCUUUCCCCAUAACCCCCAACGUUAUUGUCCAAACAUGACUGGACAGCAGCUUUUGUUUCUUGACCCUGUAAUAUGACAGUCUGCUAAUAUUGCCAGAAGGUGCAGUUUUUGGGUUACAGACGUGGUUUUAGCUAUUCAAUCAUAUUAGCAGGAAAAAAAAUGACUUGUUUCUGUUGUACUUGAGUCUUAAGAAAAAGUGCCCAUAGUUUAGUGACAAUUUCCAAAGGCUUUAGUACCACCUCUAAUUCAAAAUGGGGGACCCAAACUCCCGGAAGAAACAAGCUCUGAACAGACUUCGUGCUCAGCUUAGAAAGAAAAAAGAAUCUCUAGCUGACCAGUUUGACUUCAAGAUGUAUAUUGCCUUUGUAUUCAAGGAGAAGAAGAAAAAAUCGGCACUUUUUGAAGUGUCUGAGGUUAUACCAGUUAUGACAAAUAAUUACGAAGAAAAUAUCCUGAAAGGUGUGCGAGAUUCCAGCUAUUCCUUGGAAAGUUCCUUAGAGCUUUUACAGAAGGACGUGGUACAGCUCCACGCUCCUCGAUACCAGUCUAUGAGAAGGGAUGUAAUUGGCUGUACUCAGGAGAUGGAUUUCAUUCUUUGGCCUCGGAAUGAUAUUGAAAAAAUUGUCUGUCUCCUGUUUUCUAGGUGGAAGGAAUCUGAUGAGCCAUUUAGGCCUGUUCAGGCCAGAUUUGAGUUUCAUCACGGUGACUAUGAAAGCCAGUUUCUGCGCGCGCUGAGCCGCAAGGACAAGACCGGAGUUGUCGUCAACAACCCUAACCAGUCAGUGUUUCUCUUCAUUGACAGACAGCACUUGCAGACUCCAAAGAACAAAGCUACAAUCUUCAAGUUGUGCAGCGUCUGCCUCUACCUGCCGCAGGAGCAGCUCACCCACUGGGCGCUGGGCACCGUGGAGGACCACCUGCGCCCCUACCUGCCGGAAUAGAGGCCUGGCCAGCCGCGCGGAGGCGAGCGGGAGUGCAGCAGCAGUUUGUUUUCCUUUUUUCUUACACUUUAUUUCAGAGUUUAAAGAAAAUGGACUCAUGCACAGAACACUAUGCAUUUUUGAAACUUGUUCAUCCUGGAUUUUUUUUUUUAAUUGUGUCUCAGAACUGAAAACCAAGUAGGUGUCUUCUGCACGGACUGUGUGAAAGGAGCUGCUCUGCACGCUUGCUGCGCGGCAUCAGCAUCUGCUAACAAUGUGGGACGGGAAGACCGUGUACGCUGAAAUGCUUACAUGUAGCCGGAAGCACAAGGUGAUACUCAGUUUUGAUGGUCCUUCCAUCUGUGCUGGUUUUUGCCUCUGACCUCUGUCAUCAGUAUUUAGAGGGUGAGACAUGAAUGUAAAAGGUGUCCGUAACAUUUAAAGAAACCGAUAGCUUUGCUGUCCUCACCGUUCUACAGCACAGUCAGAUUGAUUCAGUGACCACACGGGGUUGUUUAAAAAAAAUAAAAUACACCCACGGGAAAGAAAUCUUUUAAGAGAAAACAAGGCAUCUCAUUGAAGGCCUUCCUGCCUCCUGUUCUACUGGGCCAUGUUUGUUUCCUGGUACUCAUACACGUGUGUGUUUUAUUUCCAGAUCUCUCUCCCCAGGUGGUGGUUAUAAAAGAGUACUCUGCCGAACACGGGCUCGGUCAGACACACGGAAGCAGGGCUGGAGGCCGAGCAGCGGGCGCAGCUGUGAGACUGACAGGUCCACUCCAGGCUGCAGAAGCCAGGCUAGGGAGAGGACGGCCCUUUUUUGCUUUUUGCUUUUUGGUUUUAAAAAGAAGAGGUCUUUAUUACAAAGAAAAUGCAGUGAAUUGUGCAGAAAUACUGGUUUCUACACCAUCCUAAGGGAAAACUUAGGAGGGUUUCUUGGAAUACAAAAAAGUUUAACUAAAGUUGGGAUCUUAAAUUGUUUAAAAAAACAAAACAAAACACUGAGUGUCAAAGCUCUAAAAGCAGAAAUCAUUUAGUGCAAUGAACAUAAGGAAAGACUACUGUAUAGUUUUUUUGUUUUUUCUUUUUACUGAAGGAAAGCUUUGCUUACGGCUUGCACACUUUAAUGGGUAAACCUGAAUGGUCGUACUCCUUUGGAGUAGAACUUAGUGCUUACUGGUUUCCAAUUGUAUUUAGCUUCUGGUUGGAAUUUGAAAAAAAAUGAAAAACCUAAAUAAAAUAGGUGAAAGUUCCCUGACUAUUCAGGUGAAUACACAGAA